GGCGGUGCGAGUUGUGGCUGCCUCUGCAUACUACUGAGCUCACGCCUUCUCGUCAGGCCCUCGGGAUGGCAGUCUUGUUGAUCACAGCGUUAGAUAAUACUGAAUUUGGGAAGCAGGGAUGGAAAUAGUCCGCGGAGUGGAGCGCGUGUGUAGCAACAAGAAGUGUCAAGUGUUACUGAGAACAAAGCACUCGCAGGAAUCUUACCUUCUCAAAACGUCAUCUGGCUGUGCUAAGACUUUUACAAGAAUGGCACUUGGUACACACAUACAGCAAAACUACACCAAAGUCUUCAGGGAAGCGGUGAGAGGAUGGAUCAACUUUUACGUCAAAUGCAGUGUUGGAAAUUCAUUCAGAAACCAACUUGGCAUUCACCUUGAAAAAAAAAGUCAGCAACCCCGGGUAAGGUGGAUGAAGGGAAACACAGGAAUCCCAAAAUGAGCCUCAACUACAACACUGUUUCGGAGUUAUUGAAGGCAAGAGCAAGAAAAUUCUUCAGCAGAAAGACAUUGAACCAGCGCAUCCCAAUAACACAAUGGCUGCCCAAAUACGACCUAGAGUGUCUGGAGGGCGAUAUGAUGGCUGGCCUGACAGUGGGUCUCACUGUCAUCCCUCAGGGCAUUGCCUAUGCAGGUAUUGCCAGCCUCCCACCCAAUUAUGGUCUUUAUUCUGCAUUCAUGGGGUGCUUCGUCUACAUGUUCCUGGGCAGCAGCAAGGACAUCACCAUUGGGCCCACAGCCAUCAUGUCCAUCAUGACGCACCAGUACUCUGUCAACGGCAACCCAGACUAUGCCAUCCUCUUGUGCUUCCUCAGUGGCCUCAUCAUAUUUGCUUCAGGCCUUUGUAACAUGGGAUUCCUCAUCACCUUCAUAUCAAAGCCAGUCAUAUCAGGGUUUACCUCAGCUGCUGCCAUAUCCAUAGCCUCAUCACAACUCAAAUCACUGUUUGGCCUAAGCUAUGACAGUGAAACAGUAAUAGAGGACUGGUCAGAGCUUUUCAAAAACAUUGGCUACAGUAGAUGGCAAGACUUGACACUUGGGUUGUGUUGUAUGGUGGUCUUGCUUCUGAUGAGGAAAAUAAAAGAUCUGAGGGCGGCGAAGCCUCAGGCAGGUGAUAGCUCAGGUAUGCGGAUUGCCAGGAAGGCAUUGUUCUUGACCUCAGUGGGUCGCAAUGCCUUGAUUGUCAUUGUGGCUGCUAUCAUUGCUUUUGCUGCUGGACACGAUAUCUUCACUUUAACAGGAGAGAUUGAGGCUGGCUUGCCAGAGUUCAAGCCACCACCAUUCUCCACACACGGGGACAAUGGAACCUACGUUGGCUUUAGUGACAUGAUAGCCAAUGUGGGUUCAGGGGUCAUCAUCAUUCCAUUAAUCUCAAUCUUGGAGAGCAUUGCUAUUGCCAGUGCCUUUUCUGGGGGCAAGACCAUUGAUGCCACACAGGAAAUGUAUGCACUUGGCAUGUGCAAUAUUAUAGGGUCAUUUGUGCAGUCAAUGCCAGUGACUGGGUCUUUCUCCCGUACUGCCGUAAACUCCACCAGUGGUGUUAAAACUCCAGCUGGAGGAAUAGCAACGGGCCUUCUAGUGGUCUUGGCACUUGCCUUCCUGACACCCUAUUUCAAAUACAUUCCAAAAGCCACACUGGCUGCUGUGAUCAUCUGUGCUGUGAUAUUCAUGGUGGAAUAUGAGAUAGUGAAGCCCAUAUGGAAGGCACAACGUCUUGACCAGCUGCCUCUUUGGGGCACCUUCUUUACUUGCCUCUUUUGGAAGCUAGAAUUUGGGAUUCUAGUUGGUGUUGGCAUCAAUCUGCUCAUUCUCCUCUAUGGGAUUGCACGACCAAAGGUUUCUGUCAGCACCGUGCUUAGAGAGGAAGGUAAUGAGCCUCAGUAUGUGGUAGUGGAGCCAAGGAGUGGUCUGUUCUUCCCCUCUGUUGACCAUGUGCGGAAUCAGGUGUCCAAAGCAAGUAUGGGGCCGGCCCAGGGCAGUGUGAUGGUGGUGAUGGACUGCAGCCACUUUACUGGGGUGGAUUAUUCAGCAGUAAAGGGUAUGAAGAGCUUGUGUAAUGAUUUUGAGAAGCGACAUCAGCCUCUCAUCUUCACGAACGUAACACCAGGGGUGCAACGGGGACUCUGCUCCCUCAUCGACAACAUUGUCAUCGCCCAGUCCCCAGACCAGUUUGAGGCUGCCUAUAAAAAUUCAAGUGCCACUAGCACACUCAACCAUCAUAGGGAAGAUGGGGCCAUGGGUGGGGUCAGCAGGCAUGGAGAGGACCCAGAGAGUCUAGACCCACUUCUGCAGUCCGCCACAGGCCCAAGACCCGUGGUGGUUGUAUGCAACUCGUAAAUGAACCAUUCACUUUUGGAAAGGUGCUCUGAUGUAAAGCGAUAUAAAUUUAAGAUCAAGUGGGCAGCAGCACUUGCUUUGAAUCCAGUUUUUGAUUUGCAUACCAUUUUUGGGGGAAGCUUUUCCCUUGAUAUUAGUUUGAUCUUGUGCAUACACAUGUGUGUCUUUUCCUAGUUGUAGUGUGCAGGGCCUGAGGUACACCCAUGUGGUCCUGGCUGUAUAUCUAUAUCUGUCCAGUUUUUCCUUAAAAUUCUGCACACUCUUUGCCUCUACCACUUCUUUAAAUUUAUUCCAGGUAUUUAUAAAUCUAUAGGGAAAACUAUUUUGUGUUGUUAAGACACAUUCCCUUUCUCAAGUUUUUUUAUGACCUCUUAACUCUGUCUUCACUUCCUCUUUUCAAAAACAAGCCUUUAUUAUCUGAUUCAUCAAGAUCAUUCAUGAGUUUUUAAUAUAAACUCAUGCCUUGAGGACCUUGAGGAAUCAGAUAGUAAGAGAAGAGGUAACCUAAUUACAUUAUAAUAACUUUGUAUGAUGCAAUUAGGUUACCUCCCUUACUUCCUCCAAUGUUAACAAUUGCAUUUCUCUUUAUCUUUCUUCAGAUGUUAAGUCCUCUAGAUCUAUAGUCCAUUCUCUUAAGUUGGAUCCCUGGCUCCUAGCCAAGUAAGUAAGGAUGUUGCUGGUCAGAUGUUGGUGGGUUUUCUCACUCCCACUUGGCCUGUUUCUUCUCCAUUUCCUUCAUCCUCUCUAGCAUUUUUCAAUUGUCUCCUUAGAGCUGCUUACCUCUUCAUGCAUUCCUCUCACUUUGAGCUUCACCUUAUCCUCUGACUGUUCUCCUUAGUCACAGCAUUAUUCUAGAGUAGGCAACUUCAUCAGCCACAAGCUACUGAAUAGAGAACCCAGCAUAGCAAAUGAUGCCUCAGCCAUUAUUUACUUCUUGCUGAUUCACUAUUUCUGAAUUUCACAAUUGGUUUUCCCUUAAUUCAGAGACAGGACUUACUUAAGCAGCCCAUGCCUUCUAUACUACACUAGGCUUUUCUGGAAGUGGUGCAAAGUAUCCAUUGAAUCAAACGAACGGGUAUGUCCUUAUAUUGUGAGCGCCGAGUGUGUCCAUAUGUGCGUGUGUGUGUGUGUAAUUCACCUCUUGGUCUGCUGCGGGUCUCUCUCGAGACAGCCAGCUGUUCCCCUACGGAAGAGCACAGAGCUUGCAGUACCGUGUGUGUGUGUGUGUGUGUGUGUAUGGAGAGAGAACUUGCUAAUGGUAUCACAGUAUGUCAUGUUUAUACAGUAUAGUUAUUUUCAUUGCAGCAUUGCCUCUUAAGCACACUGCAUUCUUUUAACUAAAAAUAAGAGAAUUCAGGAGCAAGAAGAAAUUUUUAUAUUGAUGGCAGUCAGUUUUUUUUAUGUGAAAACUACAUUCUUGUAUACAAAUAAGAACCAGAUUCAUAAAAAAAAAUCAAUAGGAUCAUCUCUCUUGGCAUCUAUGGUCAUAUUCCUUAUGUUAUGCAGGCUAGCAGUAACGAAGUGAAAUUGAGUUUCUAAAAAGCUACUUGAUUCUAUGGCUGCAUAAAUGUUAGUGUGCCAAAUUAAGAAAAACUACUUAAUUCAUGACUGUGAUGUCACUGCAAGUCCUGUAUAGAAAUUCACAUCUCACUUAUUGGAUACUUAUCAAUAUGUUCUGAAGUCCAAAAUUUCAAGUGUGAUAAAUGAAACAUUAAAUCAUGCUUUAGAUACUCUAAAGAACUGGUAACAACCAUAGAUGUUCAGAAAUUCAAUUAAAACAAACAUGUGGUCAAUGGUUGCCUUUCUUACUACUCACAUCCAACCCUAACAAAGGGAAACUUUUAAAAAUUUAGUUAUGAAAUAUUUGGGUUAGCAAACUUGAGUUAACAGAAGUUAAAUGUUAAUUAGUUAAUUAGUCCAAUAAUGAUUUUCAAAGUUAACUUUAACUCUUUCAUUGCUAAACGCUCGCAGUGAGCAUUAGGCAUAUUUGCUGGUGGUGCUAAACGCUCGCUGUGAGCUCCACCCGCACUCAAAUCUCCCGUGUAUGAAAGCUCAAAAUAGCGUGGGGCUAUACGGGUUAAGGAAAACCUGCAUGGCAGUGUAGUAGCAGAUGUUUUAGUGUACAAAUAACUAUCGUCAGUCCAACCUAACUUCAAAAUUUCAUGUCAGACAGUCAUAGUUUGGGGUAUUACUACCAAACUGCCAAGCUUUGUAGCUUUCCAGCUCAAGGCUGGUCAUAACAAACAAUUUAGCCACUGUAAGCAGUAACUGGUGGAUGUCAUGUGAGUUAUGGUUGGCAUUCUGUAAAUGUUUAAAGUCAUUUGUUGCAUUAAAUUAUUUUUGUCUUGUCUGUGCUAAGGCAGCAGUGCUGCUGCCUGUGUAGUCCUACCCCUCGUCCAGUCUGAGUAUCAUAUACACAGGUAAAAUAUAUAUAAUACUACAAGCUCCUUGGGUUGAAAGGAAGGAUCCAGUGUUGACUGCCAAGAUUGAUUUAUUGUGCUGAGGUUAUGAUACGUCCACACAGCGGCCCCAACACAUUCCUGAAUACCUGUGCUAUUGCCUGUUCAAUCUUACAACUUAACGAGCGUGAUUGCCGGCACGAAACACUAAUAUAUUGUAAUCCUACACACUGCUGGUUACAGAAAUUACUGAAAUUACUAACCACUGAUAGAUGUUAAUAGUAUGUAAGUGCAGUCAUCAUGAUCAGGAGCAAUGAAACUAAAAUUGCCAUUUGUGCACAGUAGAAUAAAAGCAAAUUUAUAAAUGGUAUAAGGGAAAUUAAGCCAACUGUUCAUCUGCAUACCUGUCAGUAAUGCAAGAUAAAAAUGAAUUAAAGUUAUCAGUUCCAAGUCAAAUAUAUUUAUGUUGCCAAAGUAACCCAGCCAUCAGGCCAACUUUUGCAUAAUGAUCUAGUGUGGCAUAAUUUUCCUGAUGAUAUUUAUGUAUAGAUCUAAGUUACACCUUUGUAGUAAGUCAAUCCUGUUAAAGCUAGGGAUGGACACUUUAUUUAGGAUUUAUUGCCUCACAAUGUGAGAUAAUUUUUGUGAAUGUCUUCCCCUAGAUGGGACAAUUAUACAAACACUUCUUUAUCAUGAUUAAGGGCUUGAAUGCAUUUCAAAGACAACUUUCUUCAGUGCACAGUGCAGGUAGUUUUUCUAAUUUGCAAGAAUAUAGUCAAUAUAUUGCAUUGCAAAGAGCAAACUCACCAAGCAAGAACUGUGUGUUCAUGGGUGUAUGGUUGACACUUCUCCUGGUGCUCAUCUUUUUCUCAGUUUUUCCUUCCUCCCUCCCUUAUGCCUCAAUGGAUUCACACUCCCCCAUUGCCCUAUUCCACCUGGUGAUGUAGUUUCCUUGCUUGCUUCUCUUCCCUUCCCUUUCCCCACAUUUUAUAAAAGGGGCAAGAGAAACGGGUGUCAGAGAGAAAGAAAGAGAAAAUAUAGCAAAAUGCACAGCGCUAAGUCCAAUACAUGUGCAUUGUAUUUUUUUAAUGUGUCCUAAAAGUUGUUGACUAAAGCUGGUGCUCAUCCUACAUAUUUUACACUCUUCACAAAACCAGUUGUCCUAAAACUUGAAACUAUGCAAUACCAACACCUUAGAUGCACAUCAUGCCACUCACAUUGCCCUACAUCAAUCAGCAGUAAAGUAAGCUCGUGUGGUCUUGUCAAUCACCUCAGAAUAUCAGGCAUCAACAUUUACUUUUGGUUGUUUCUGACUGCAAGUUAUCGUAAACAGUCACGUCGCUCCAUUGUAGAUGGUCAGGCUAAUUUACACUGUCACUUGUGUUGCGUCAUGUUGCUUGAUCUCCACUAUGUUCCUGGCCUCAUUCUCAAUGAGUGUAACUCCUGCAAAUGUUAAGGGACAGCUGUACUUGGUAUUUGGGCAACAAAGACCACUAGCAUGACAAGCUAACAAGAGGUAUAUAAUAAAUUUUUUCAUCUACUAUAUGUUAUUUACACAAGAUAAGAAAGAAAAGAUAACUACUUGAGUUAUUAAACUGUAAUAUUAAGGACUUUUUCACUAGUACAUUGCAAUAAACGAACUUACUCCAUGAAGUAAUUAUAAGCACAUUUGAAAUACAUAAUUAACUAUAUUAUCAAACAAAAAAGUAAUAAAAAGUUGCCUUGAAGAAUUCCCAGUUUCUAAAACUAAAAUCACAUUUAUUUAUUUAUUAUUAUUAUUAUUAUUAUUAUUACUAUUAUUAUUAUUAUUUUUUACAUCAAAGGAUGCGGCUCAAGGGCAACAUCAGUGCUAGACGGUAGCAUGCAUACCAUUCCACAUUUUUCCAGUUGUCACCAAGACUUGCUGAGACAUCACAUAGUGAAGAUGUGAUCUUUAUAAAAUUGUUGUGCAUAAAGAACUUGAUCAAGCUUAUUACUUCUAAUAAUUUGAAGUGGCAGAAAAUAGCUACCAAUAAAGAGAAUAAUGCACACCAAACCUCAAAGAUCCUCAUUUACAUUCUGACCAAAUUGUGCACAUUUUUCCUUAGAUUAUAGGCCAAUAUGUAGGUAAUACAUAUACAGUGAAAGUUUGUUAAUCCACACAGCAGCAAACCAGCUCACACCAUCACUGCAGAAUUACUUAAAGUAUUGGAUGGUGCCCCUAAUCACAAGUGUGCAAAUACAUAAAGAUUAAUAUCAAACAUUAAUAUGGGUAGUCUAUUUAUUACUCUAGAUGCAUAAACUUACCUUUUUUUAUGUAUAAUUUUAGUCAUGUUGAUACAGACAAUAAUAUAAUUAUCAUGUACUAUUUAUGUACACAUAUCAGGUUCUGUUGGUAUGGGUAACAUAAUGGGCUUCCAAAGUCAGUACAAAGAGUGAAAUCUAUGUAAAAUGAAAGGAACCAUGGAGAUCAAACUGUUCUGUUUUCAUUACUGUCUGAAUCUAUGCAAAAAAUAUAUACGAACAAUAAAGUUAUAAAAAAAUGGAACUAAUUGUCUGCAUUCAAAAAAUUGUUGAAUUCAGUUAUUUUUGUAUAAAACUUCAUGCAUUCUUUUUUUUCAGAUAGCAAUUUCCUGAAUUUAGAUAGUUACACUUUUCAGAUUAUACCUUCAAGAAUUCUGAAAAUUGAGAUUUCAAGACAAGUAGAACAGUCAAAUGAACUUUUAGCAAAUAAUUCUUGUUGCUAUUCACAAUGAUAGUCAAAUGUUCCACAUUACUAUGGUGCUUUGAAAACUGCUGAAUAUUUACAAGAAAACCUGGCAAAGUAAAGGCAGCAGGAAAUGUGGCUUUGGAGAAAAUCUUGUGACUGAUUCUUUAGUGACCCUAAGGCUGGUUUUAUGGUACCAUAUGAUUAGUCAAGAAUAUUGAUGAUUUUGAAGUGUAAGAGUGCACUGAGGUUAUCUUCCCAAUAAAAUUUGUAUAUCUUAUGCCAAUGA